CCUACGUCGAUUACGUUACUGCCUUUAGCACCUACUGCGCUUACGUCACCUGCACCGAUGGGCACGACUACAAGUACGUUCCCGUCUACUACCGGCGGCUUACUUCCACCUCCAGUUGCCGAAGGAGGUAGUAGAAAUGUAACAAUCAAUGCUGCCCAACCGAAGGGAGUUCCCGCUAUUGGGACGAUUAUUACGCUCGUCCCGGCUAACUCAACAGCGACGUCAUUAGCAAUAUCUCCAGCCACAGGAGGCCUACCUACGUCGAUUACGUUACUGCCUUUAGCACCUACUGCGCUUACGUCACCGCCACCGCUAGGCACGACUACCACGACAGGGGCACAAACAACAAGCACAAGUACCGGCGUGCAAGGAACAACACCAACAACAGGUGGGCUCUCGACUAGCACAAGCACCGGCGUGCAAGGAACAACACCAACAACAGGUGGGCUCUCGACUAGCACGACGGGGGGACAGCAGGUUAAGGCUAGCGAUGGAUAAGAGUCUUACAAUAAAAAAAAUCUACAUCUACUACAAUAGGCACUUACCAGACUGUUUCUCAAUGUGCUCUAAGGGCCUUAUUCCUCAAUGUGACCUAACGGAGUAGUAGUUGACGACAAGCAGAUCGGUUAUUCCUAGAUUAAGUAAGUACUUGUCAAAUUUGCAAAAGCUUGAAAUGAGCAAAAGCAACGUUGAAUAUCAUCUGACUUUUAGGAGCUACUCUAAGCAAAGAACUUCUUCUUCGGCCUCAACUACUGGUUCAAAGGGAGGGUCAGCUACCAGUACAACUCGAGGACAGGGGAUUUCGACUAGUACAACAACAGGUGCUACUGGUCCAAGCACCACACCAACGCCACCUAAAGAGGAGGCGAGGAUUGCGGCAGAUAAGGCUGACCCUGAUGGUUCGUUGAUGACCAGCCCAGCCACACAAGUGACAUCAUACGUCAAACAUGUUAAGGCCAUUUAGUGUUGAUAAGUCAUCUCUUUGUAGUGUUGAUGUGGAGAUCGAUCUUAUAAACGGCCAUAUCCUUCGGGAUCUUGCCGAUGAUGAUGAUGCUGACGUGAAGAAUGAUCUCUAGUAUCUAAUAGAAGCAGAGUAUUUUUGAACACUCACUCCAUGGUUUGACUUUUGGUUUUUACCUUAGAAAAGGCAUGCGUGUUGCAAUCACAUUCGUGCGAAAAAAUUAUUUCUAUCGGCCUUGAGCACUAGCCUAAACCUCCCUCAGGGGGUCUUCAUCUGCUAUGUCCAAGGCGAAACUUCUAAAGAUCCGAAUCAGCGGUGUGGCGGAAGCAGUCCCAGUAUUUUGCAGGCACUACAGCCACAAGACUCAGAUGGAUCAGCCUCGAGUGUCGUGCUCGACAUUUAUGCUUCGCAAAAUUCGACUACUGAGCGUUUGACGGACCAUCUGAAUCGUUGCGCGACAGUAUGCAGUCAAGCGACCAAGGAGAAGUGCCUGGGUUUUGUGGUGGAACCAUCAGGUGUAACUGGCGACACGAAUAGAUGCUCAUUUUAAGGCUCGCAGAGUGUCGAAAUUGAACCUAGUUAGAUGCUCAUUUUGAGAGGGUUGAAAUCGAAAGAAUGAGAAGACAAACUCUAAUCUCUCCGUAGCGGAUCCGAGGAAGAUGCCGAUGGCGGUUUGGCCAAGUUAGUGGCCUCAUGCGAAGAUGAAAGUGGCAUUCUCACGUUCAUCCGAAUGUCGGCUUUGAUGGUGGCGUCGCCGUAGCGACUGCCGACCGGUUCAUAGAAAGGGUACCAGGACCAGCGGUGAGCACAAAGUAUAAAGGAGAGGGGUACCAAGCUUACAGGUACCAAACGAAUAAUGGCACAUCCUUCGAAGGAAGGUACCAGAAUCAGGUGAGGACAAAGGUGUAACAAGGUACCCACCAGAGAAGCACAAACGAGUACCUACCAGAUGAAUAUCACGCUAAAAAACUAAAUGACAGAUUCUUUCAUUCAGACAGUAAAGGCAGAGCAUCAGCGAGGUUAUUUGUUUCAGAUUGUAGAGACGUGCGGAUAUGCAAUAGCUAGAUUUCGUACUAGUCCUUUUUCGAACGCCCUAGUCAUUUUAUUCGAAGAAAGUCGUGUGAGUCAUCAAAUCUAACGAAUACCGGUUUCAAAAAGACGAUAAAGGUAAACAGAAUCGAAAGACUCAUGAGUAGAAAUCUAAGGACCUACUCUUCAUUGAGCGCCGCAUAGAUAGCAGGCGCUGGAAACUGUACCAAAAAAGCUAUAUCUAAAUUAUGUAAAUGUACAGAGAUGAACCACUUGCUCGUACUAAUGUUUAUCAAAAAAUCACAGUCACGACAUGUUUGUUUUUGAGAUUGAUGUUUCAAUCUUUCGACAUAGAUCCUCCUGUGGUGCUCGAGUGGAGUAGAGAAUUUUUCCGUCCAACACCAUGCAUGGACGGUAACUUUCAAGAAUAAUGAUUGUACAGCAGUGUCUCUUCUGGUGUACAGAUUCAAGAAUAAUGUUCCAGCAGCAGAUCUCUUCUGCCAGUCACGGCCAAUCUAGUUUGCUGUGCAAGCACAGUUGCUGGCGAUGGUGCGAACAAGCGUAGCCGGCAAUGUUGAGAAACAAAAUGGUGUAGAAACGUCAUUCUCGUGUAUCAACGGUAGCACUCCUGAAUCAAUUCAAAUGCAAAUGCAAGUGUGGGAAUGAUG